AUGUUGGCUAUCGCAUGGAUCUCCAGCCUAUGUUUGGCGAUCGCCACAGUGGUGAGCCAACCGGUGCCUCCCAAAUCGCCCCACAGCGUUCAAUUUUUGCAUGAGCAGAAUAAGAAAAGAUUCUACGACUACCAAAACACCAAGCUAAGAGGUGUCAACAUCGGUGGCUGGUUCGUGCUCGAGCCCUUCAUCACGCCGUCUUUGUUCGAGACGUUCCGCACCCAGGAAAACAGCGACGAAGGCAUUCCAGCGGAUGAAUACCAUUUCUCGCAAGCUUUGGGCCAAGACGAAGCCAGUUCGCGUCUGGAACAGCACUGGUCGUCGUGGUUCACGGAAAAAGACUUUGCAAACAUCGCCGACGCAGGUCUCAACUUUGUGCGUAUUCCAAUCGGCUACUGGGCUUUCCAGAAACUCGACUCAGACCCUUACGUUAAGGGCUCACAAGAGCACUAUCUAGACCAAGCCAUCCAAUGGGCCCGCAACAACAACCUCAAAGUGUGGGUCGACCUGCACGGGGCUGCCGGCUCUCAAAACGGGUUCGACAACUCAGGUCUUAGAGACUCGUACGGCUUCUUGGAAGACAGCAACCUAGCGGUCACCAAGAGCGUGCUUCAAUACAUGCUCAAGAAGUACUCCCAGACCGAGUUUCUCGACACAGUCAUCGGUAUUGAGCUCAUCAAUGAGCCUCUAGGCCCUGUCUUGGACAUGGAAAAGCUCAAGGAGUACUACCAGUUCGGAUACGAUUACCUCAGAAACGAGCUUGCAAGCGAUCAAAUCGUUGUCAUCCACGACGCUUUCCAACCUUAUCACUACUGGGAUUCCACUUUGACGGUUACCGACAACGCCUGGGGCGUUGUUUUGGACCACCACCACUACCAGGUUUUCUCUAACCCGGAACUGCAGCGUUCCAUGGACGAAAAAAUCGCGGUCGCAUGUGAGUGGGGUUCUGGCACUUUGUCUGAAGCUCACUGGACCGUGUGCGGUGAAUGGGCCGCAGCUCUCACCGACUGCACAAAGUGGCUCAACGGUGUCGGUUUUGGUGCUCGUUACGACGGUACUUUCACCAAAGGCUCUGAAACUUCCAGCUACAUUGGCUCUUGCCAAAACAACGAAGACAUCAGCUCAUGGUCGGACGAGAGAAAGACCAACACCCGUAAGUACGUCGAGGCCCAAUUGGACGCUUUUGAGCUCAGAAACGGCUGGGUUAUCUGGACAUACAAGACCGAGAACUCGAUAGAAUGGGAUUUGCAACGUCUCAUGUACAACGGUCUGUUCCCCCAGCCCGUCACUGAUAGACAGUUUCCAAACCAAUGCGGGUUCUAA